GAGCGCACACCAAUGAAGGUGCCGGCCGGACCAUCUCCAGAGACAUAGAGAUGAUAUUAAGACCAUGGUGGGGGCAGGGGGGGCCCAGUAUUCUGGUCUUGUGACUCAGAUAAUGUUCCUGGAGGGGAUAUCCAGCAUUCACGUGACUCCACCACCUUGCAAAGUGUGUCACCAUUUACAUUUUGUUAGAAACUUGCAGCAAUUGGUAGGAUACUCAGGCUGGUCUCAUGUGUACUACUAUUAGGGGAAUUUUGCAGGUGGGGAGGUGAGAUCUGUACUAAAGGCAGGGCCUCUGGAGUCUGAAUUAGAGCUCCGCUACUGUGUGACUUUGGGUGGUUUCCUUAACCUCUCUGAGCCUUGGUUGCCUCGUCUGGAAAAUGAGGGUGACCACUGCUGUAUGGGGUAAGGUCUGUUAAAGGAGCUUGUGAAACCCAGGCUGCGCAGUCAGUGCUGUGGGGUGGGGCCUCCCAGUCUCCAACUGCAGACAGGGGCCAGGUCAGUCUUUAUUGUGAGACAUUGUCCUGAGCUUUGUAGGAUGUUUAGCAGCAUCCCUCCCUUCUCCCCACUGGGGGUCAGUAGCGCCCUGCCUCCUUGGAACAACCAGGAACAUCAGAUAUCCCCAAACAUCUGUGGGUUGGGGUGCCAGACAGUCCUCUGGGUGAGAGCCACAAAAGACAAAAGCCUGCAGGAGCAAGGCCUGGACUGUCAGGUUGGAGGUCAGCUGUGGCCUUCGACCCACAGGGCCUUUGCCAAAUGGCAGCAGCAGCUGAUGGCCAUGAAGGUCCUGCAGAGGAACUGUGCCGCCUACCUCAAGCUGCGGAACUGGCAGUGGUGGCGGCUCUUCACCGAGGUUUAUCCGGCCCAGAGGAUGCUGUGUCUGGUUAUUACACAGACGCACAGCUGGUGACUGAAUCUGCGCAGCUGAGAACAUCUGGGUCUGGGUCACACUCAGCCAGAGGGAGACUCCUGGCCCUUUCUCGUCCUUCAUCUCCUUCAAGCAGGACAUAUUUACUGGGUACCUACUGCCGUCAGUGAGGAACACACCAUUUCUUGUAUCUUCUAAGGAGCCUCAGUGUCCCAAAGUCCUGGACAAAAGGUGAAGCCACACUUUCUUCCAGCCUGAAUCAAAUCGCAAGCUGAAGGGAGGACGCUGACAUCCUGCUGCUGGCACCAUGACAUCAGAAACCAGCAACGACUGCCCAGAGAACAAAAGCUUCUUUGAUGAUGUCACUGACUAUUUCUGGGACGAAGUGAGCAGGGAUGAACUGCAACUCCUGCUGACUAAAGUUGAAGCCUGGGAGAGUUUUAUGUCUGCGGCUGGUUUGUCCAGGGAAGAGGCAGACGCACUGCGUGAAUACCUGAACAAGCUGAAUGGAGAAUUGGUCCUGAAUGACAAAGACAUGCUGCAAAAAGAGCAGCUGGAUAGGGAGAGGUUUUUGAGGGAGUUCCCUCGGGUCAAACUGGAGCUUGAGGAAUGCAUAGGAAAGCUCCACGCACUUGCAGACAAGGUGGACAAGGUUCACAGGGACUGCAGCAUCUCCCAGGUGGCGGCCACCUCUGCUGGUGCUGCGUCUGGCAUCCUGACCAUCCUUGGCCUGGCUCUGGCCCCUGUGACAGCGGGGGUCAGUCUGGCACUUUCGGCAACUGGGUUAGGGCUGGGGGCCGCAGCUGCUGCGACCAGUGUGACCACCAGUGUCGUGGAACGUGUUAUCACUUCAUCAGCUGAAACAGAAGCCAAUGACCUGACGUCAACUGUCAUUGACAAAGAGGAGGUGGCUGCAGGGGCUCCUGGUAAACACGCAUCCAAACUUGUUCCCUCAACACAGAAUAUCUUCCAAGCCCUGCAAGGCAUUGGGAAGAACGUCCGUGCCAUCAAAGUGGCCAAAGCCAACCCUCGCUUAGCCGCCCACGCCAGGGACUUUAUGACCACUGGGGGAGUCUCCCUCCGAAGAAGCAAGCAGGUGAGGAAAGCCUUUGGAGGCACGGCUCUGGCAAUGACCAGAGAGGCCCGCAUCAUGGGUAUGGCCACCGCAGGUGUCACCCUUCUGCUGGAUGUGGCCUCCCUGGUGAAAGAGUCACUGCACCUGCAUGCGGGGGCAAAGACGGAGUCGGCUGAGCGGCUAAGGCAGCGGGCCCGGGAGCUGGAGAGCAGGUUGGAGGAGCUCACCCGGACCUACGAGAGUCUGCAGUAGGGCCCAACCCAGAGCAGUGCAGGGAGCAGGGGCCCGCGCGGGGCCAAGGCAUGGAGGUACCUUGUUAGAGGGAAGAAGAGGGUGAGAUUAAAAACAGAAGUCAGGGUUGCCAAGGAGGCAGGUGGUGGGAAGGGACUGGGAUUUCAAAAUGUAGAAUAGAUAAACAA